AGUCGAGCAACAUUGUGUUUUAGAGUGAUCAAGUGUGCUAGAAAACUGUUUUUUUGUGUUUUAGAAAGUGGAGUGCGAUUAUUAUCCGGUGAUUAGUGUGAGAUAGAGUUUGCAGAAAACCACAUAAACUCAACCACCCACGCCGAUCGUUCGUUAUUUCGCCAGUGACAUUUGUGAGGUUAUGGACAAUUGAGUUUUUUCCCGGUGUUGUGGGUGCCGUAAACUUUUUCCGGCUUUUGCCAACGCUUUGAAAAUUGCGAGUUUUGGAUUAAACGGUACCAAGCUAGUGAAGAAAGUGUUCCAUAGUUAAAUUUCUACAUAUUUAAUAGUGCUUUACAAGUAUGGAGGAGGUGAAUCCGCAGGACCCUGCACCAAUUUCCUGGGAGCAGUACAAUGAGUUACAGCGGGCGGAUGGUUCAGCCUUACGAAUUUUUCCACCAGGCGUUCUUCGAACGCAACUAACCGAAGACGAGCUACGAGCCUUAGGUGUGGUUGAAGAAAAUAAUUUGCCCUUUGUGUGUCCAUACUGCGAACAAGAGUUUGAAGAUGAUAAACAAAAGGAAAUCGAAAUGCAUUUAAAGGAACAUGCAGCAGAUCUAGAUACAAUAAUCGGUGAAAUUGCUUGAUAUGCUGCUACCGGCACUCGUACGCAUAGCUGCCGUUGUUUGAAAACCGAAAUAAACUUUAAGAAUUCGCUCGCGCGUCCGUUAGAAUUGACCGUUCCGGUUUGUUCUCUUUUAUUUAGUGGAUCUAUCUUAAUCCACCACCACUUAAACCUGAACCACCACCGAGUCGAAUUCAAACAGUCGUCUUUAAUCCAUCUAACCAAAAAUGUUCAGAAUCGGCGUAAAUCCGAUUUUGCCGAAAUUAAUUAGCACUCGUGCGUCGGUUUCCGAUACCGUUCCAAGGCUGAAGGUUGAAGAAAAGAUCAUCGUCAUAGAGUGAACGGUGAAAACAAUUCCAGCUACACCAAUCAACAGUGGGGAGGGCCGCAAUACACUGCAAUGACGGUAAAGGCAAUCACGUAGAACGUAUGCAGGAAUCACCAUCCGAAGUACUUUGUGGAAAAAAGAACGAGCGGGGCUUAGUGUAUGAUUUCCAGCAUAAUGAUACGGUCGCACAGUUUGGGCAGUAUCCGUGGAUGGUCUCGGUGCGAAAAACGCAAGGCGGCACAUCUGAAUACCUUUGUGGAGGAGCGCUUACUCAUCCAACAAUCGUGAUUACAACCGCCCAUAAUGUGCACGGACGAUUGAAUCUGAUUGCCCGUCUAGGGGAGUGGGAUGUUAGUACCAGUAAUGAGCCCCUACCGCAUAAGGAUGUUGCUGUUGCUGAUAUAUUCAUUCACAAGAGCUAUAAACCUAGACCGAUCGAAAACGAUAUUGCCAUAUUGGUGCUCAGCGAUCCCGUCACGUACGAUCAGCAUAUUCGACCGAUCUGUCUGCCUCAAAGCACGGGCCGCUUCGAAGGUCAACGAUGUGAAUCGACGGGUUGGGGUACGGUCGGCGGGGGUGUACUCUAACAUAAUGAAAAUGAUAACCGUCCCGGUGCUGCCACAAUCCAGAUGUUCCAGUUUGUUGGUACAGGCCGGACUUGGGGAGCACUUUGCGCUUCCGAACCAAUUUUUGUGCGCGGGAGGCGAAAAGAGUGUCGACAUGUGCAACGGUGAUGGAGGAUCUCCGUUGGUGUGUCCGACGGCCGAUGGAAGCUACAAGUUGGCCGGAAUCGUUUCCUGAGGCAUAGGAUGCGGUGGGCUAGACAUUCCUGGGGUGUACACUUCUGUUAGCAACUACGUUAGUUGGAUUGAAGAAAU